GCGCCGACGCAGGAAGUGGGGACGCUACUGGCGCGCGCCGGGCGCUGUUUCUCCUCAGGCUCCGGGACCGGCGGUAGCGGCGACGGUAGCAGCAGCGGCAACAGCACAGGGUGUCUUAACUCCAAUGGGUGAUGAAAAGGACUCUUGGAAAGUGAAAACUUUAGAUGAGAUUCUUCAGGAAAAGAAAAGACGGAAGGAACAAGAAGAGAAAGCAGAGAUAAAACGCUUAAAAAAUUCUGAUGACCGGGAUUCCAAGCGGGAUUCCCUUGAGGAGGGGGAGCUGAGGGACCACCGCAUGGAGAUUACAAUACGGAAUUCGCCAUACAGAAGAGAGGACUCCAUGGAAGACAGAGGAGAGGAAGAUGAUUCUUUGGCUAUCAAACCACCACAACAAAUGUCUCGGAAAGAAAAAGCUCAUCACAGGAAAGAUGAAAAGAGGAAAGAGAAACGUAGGCAUCGUAGCCAUUCAGCGGAAGGGGGGAAGCACGCUAGAGCAAAGGAAAAAGAACGAGAGCAUGAGCGCCGGAAGCGACACCGAGAGGAGCAGGAUAAGGCUCGCAGAGAGUGGGAGAGGCAGAAGAGGAGGGAGAUGGCUCGGGAACACUCCAGGAGGGAGAGGGACCGCCUUGAGCAGCUGGAAAGGAAGCGGGAGAGGGAACGGAAGAUGCGUGAGCAGCAGAAAGAGCAGCGAGAACAGAAAGAACGGGAGCGGCGCGCUGAGGAGCGACGCAAGGAACGCGAGGCCCGGAGGGAAGUUUCUGCACAUCACCGAACGAUGAGAGAAGAUUAUGGUGACAAAGUGAAAGCAAGCCACUGGAGUCGCAGCCCGCUACGGCCACCUCGGGAAAGGUUUGAGCUGACGGACGGCCGGAAGCCAGUAAAAGAAGAGAAAAUGGAAGAGAGAGACCUGCUGUCUGAUCUACAAGACGUCAGUGAUAGUGAAAGGAAAAGCAGCUCUGCCGAGUCCUCAUCAGCGGAGUCGGGGUCAGGUUCAGAGGAGGAGGAGGAGGAAGAAGAGGAGGAGGAAGAGGAGGAAGAGGAGGAGGGGAGCAGCAGUGAAGAAUCAGAGGAGGAGGAGGAGGAGGAAGAGGAGACGGGAAGCAACUCCGAGGAUGCGUCUGGGCAGUCGGCUGAGGAAGUGAGUGAGGACGAGAUGAGUGAGGACGGGGAGCGGGAGAGCGAGAACCACGUCCUUGUUGUUCCAGAGUCCCGAUUUGAUCGAGACUCCGGUGACAGUGAGGAAGGGGAGGAAGAAGCCGGUGAGGGCACUCCACAGAGCAGUGCCCUGACUGAAGGAGACUUCGUGCCCGACUCUCCUGCAUUGUCACCCAUUGAACUCAAACAGGAGCUGCCCAAGUACCUUCCUGCCCUGCAGGGCUGUCGAAGCGUGGAGGAAUUCCAGUGCUUGAACAGGAUCGAAGAAGGCACUUACGGGGUAGUGUACAGAGCAAAGGACAAGAAGACAGAUGAAAUUGUGGCCUUGAAGCGGCUGAAGAUGGAGAAGGAGAAAGAGGGCUUCCCAAUCACAUCUCUCAGAGAGAUCAACACCAUCCUGAAGGCUCAGCACCCCAAUAUUGUCACUGUCCGGGAAAUAGUCGUGGGCAGCAAUAUGGACAAGAUCUACAUAGUGAUGAACUACGUGGAACAUGACCUCAAAAGCCUGAUGGAGACCAUGAAGCAGCCUUUCCUGCCAGGGGAGGUGAAGACCCUGAUGAUCCAGCUGCUGCGUGGGGUGAAGCACCUACAUGACAACUGGAUCCUGCACCGGGACCUCAAGACAUCCAACCUGCUGCUGAGCCACGCCGGCAUCCUCAAGGUUGGGGACUUUGGCCUGGCAAGGGAGUACGGGUCCCCUCUGAAGGCCUACACUCCAGUUGUGGUGACCCUGUGGUACCGUGCCCCAGAGCUGCUGCUGGGUGCCAAGGAGUACUCCACGGCUGUGGACAUGUGGUCGGUGGGCUGCAUCUUUGGGGAGCUGCUGACUCAGAAGCCACUAUUCCCUGGGAAGUCGGAAAUCGAUCAGAUCAACAAAGUGUUUAAGGACCUGGGGACCCCCAGUGAGAAAAUCUGGCCUGGCUACAAUGACCUCCCCGCAGUCAAGAAGAUGACCUUUACUGAAUACCCCUAUAAUAAUCUCCGCAAACGCUUUGGGGCCCUGCUCUCAGACCAGGGUUUCGAUCUCAUGAACAAGUUCCUGACCUACUUCCCUGGGCGGAGAGUCAGUGCAGAGGAUGGCCUCAAGCAUGAGUACUUCCGAGAGACGCCCCUCCCCAUCGACCCGUCGAUGUUCCCCACGUGGCCCGCCAAGAGUGAGCAGCAAAGGGUGAAGCGUGGCACGAGCCCACGGCCGCCGGAAGGAGGCCUAGGCUACAGCCAGCUGGGCGACGACGACCUGAAGGAGACGGGUUUCCACCUCACGACCACAAACCAGGGGGCCUCAGCCGCGGGCCCUGGCUUCAGCCUCAAGUUCUGAGGUUCUGUACGGAGCCCACCCCAGCCCCAUGGGGGCCGCUCAGGAACACUCGGCGGGGGUCGGUGCUGGAGGCAGCAUGCAGGUCCAGACCCAAACCCUGCUUUGUGUGUACUCAGCUGCCACAGGCUGGGACGGCCCUGGAUCUCCAGCUCAAGUCUCAGACUGCCUGUUCUGUUUGCUUUUCCACGUUUCAUUUUUAUUUUAUCUUGGCUUGUAAAUUUGUAGAAUUAAAUCACAUUUUCCUUGUUGUGGAAGGAAAGGCUA